AUUCACUCGGCCUUUGACCAAAAGAAGUUCUGGUGGUGGAUCAAAUAGGUCCUAGACAACUGGGUUUGUAAUAAGCAGCUCUAUCAUCGUCCUCGUCAUUAGUGGAUAUUGUUGGGCCCACCGUCACAUGCAGCGUCCUUCGUAUUUCGCCAACCUAUUUGGACAGAUGAAGAGGUGGAAGCGUUCGUUCGAACGCUGCAGCUCACUCGCGGAAUCUGAGGUAAACUCGAUCGACGCAUCAUCGACACCAUGGGCGAGAUCUUUCCGAACGUUACGGUGCUGGAGCUCCUUGGCGAGAUCGAACUGGAAGGCGAUCCUCCUGAACGGAAUAGAACCGCACGUGGAUGUAAGGAUCAAUUACGUUCGAUAUUUACUGGGCCUCAUGUCGCUAGCGGCACAAAAAGAGUCAACAAUUGUCGUGGAUGAUACUGCCGCAAGUAUGAUUCCAGUGGUAUUAGGAUGCAGACCUCGUACGCCUGUUGUUCAGGAGACCAUGGAGCGACAUGCUAGGAAACUCGAAGGAUUGUAUCUUUCCUAUGGUGGUAUGAGCAGAGAGGUUAUGUUACCUUCGCUUCCAGAGUGUACAUCGGCGUCCUCGGCAUCCUCUUCGUUGUUGCCUCUGUUGCCUCCCUCAAGACACUCCUUCACAUCUCAGCUGUCCUCGUUGACCACAAUCGACAACUAAGCACAGGGACAGAAGAGGGGCCGUAUCAAUUAUCGAUUGCGAUUACUAACCACUCGCGCUUAUCGCUUCAGGAACCAGCUCAUUAUUCUAUAACCGCCACAUAUCACAGUCUGAAUUGUAAAUCUUUUCAUUGGAAAUAUGCAUGCAGCUGCAUAUCUCGACGCGUACCGCGACACACUAGGAUGAAUCCCCCACAUUACGCUCCAUCUUCAAAAGAACACGAAUCAGGCACCAGGCCAGGUUAAACUACCCCU